GUGAAUAUUAAACAAUUCUUAUCGAUCCCAAACACGCAUCAUCACCAUCCAACUGCGGAGACCAAGAUGUUCGGACGUCGACGAAGGCCUAUUCUUGGCGCCGCUGUUGUUUACGGUGCAUCACGAGCAGCCGCCAAGCAUGAGGUACGAAAGCAGGAGCUUAUGGCCAGUGAGCGUGAUCGCGAGAUAGAACGCGAGGUCGAUCUUCGGAGGAGAGAAGAAGAAGAGCAAGAACUACGAACACAGCGUGCCGUCGAUGAAGCCAUGAAAAAGGCUGCAUUGCAAGAACAAGCCGCUCAACAGAGCGCCGCUGCGAUGAUGCCGCCUCAGCCGCGAUAUGAUGAGGCCUAUCCAAUGAUGCAAGCCCAAACACGGGAUUUGGGAGUCUUCAACCCAGCCGACGACGGAAACACCAUCAUUCAACCAGCACCGGCAUACCAGGUGGGACCUCAGUUUGUGGAGGGGAGACCUCAGAAAGGUCCAGUCCAGGGUCCAGCGCCAGGAUCCAGAGUUCACUACUGUACCCAGUGCGGCUUCUCUUGUCAAGAUACAGAUAGGUUCUGUCGUCAGUGCGGUGCAAGGCAAGCGGCUAGAGAGAUUGUGGUAGGGUGAGCCAACUGCAUUAGUUGACACUCUUCUGGUGGAAAGAGGUGCCAAUUCAAAUGACACUCGAAGGGUGGUGUGAAAGGGUGGUGAUACCAAGAUGUAAUUCUCAUGUGUGAGGCUGAUUACGGCUCAAACUCAAUUUCAGCCGCUUCUUAUAAUAAUCAUAUGAUACUC